AUGUUAUCGGACAUUCAGGUCUUCGUGAGAUGGAAAGAACAAACGAUAUUCGCCGGAGAAGACGUUGAAUGCACAAUCACUUUCAAAAAUGUGACAGAGGAAGAGGCAGGAAACGAGGUUGUUGGGACGACGAAGCAUUAUCGAGGAGGAUCUCGGCCUAUUAACACCGUCACAGAUGGGACCAACUACUCUCCAGCAAAAUCCCUUAACCCAUUUUCGUUCAAUAAUCCGCCGCGUCGCCCGCAGUCCUCGGGGUAUCGGCCUCGACACCCACAUCACAGGGCCUCUGCCUCCGUUGGCUCCUCUCCCAUCUUGAGCCAGAGCUUUCCUCCUACCACCCCAUCACGCACUCAUGGAGCUUCCAACACGCCAGGCCAUUCCCAUAAACGAUCUGUUUCAAUAAUAUCCUUGGAGACGGAUAUUUCUCACGACCGUAAACAGGUUCAGUCCCCAAAGAGUCCACAGCCAGGCCGGCAUGCACGAUCAGCAAGUUUUCAAGCCCCUCCUAGGAGACAUGACCCUUACAGAGAUGAGUUUCCAGCUGGUAUUAAUUCCUCACUUCAUUUUCAACCCUUUUCCAACCUCUCCCUUCCGAGCACCAAGGAUGAAGCAGACCCCUCCCGUUAUCCAAUCAACAACUCACCGGCAGCUAGAAGGAGUCCGAUGCGCAGAGCACCACGCAAAAUGAGCGCUUUCCAUGGAGAUUUCAAGUUUCCGCAGGCUCCGCCUUCGCCCGAAAAUAAAACAAAUCCAACGCAGCCGGCCUCAGAGGAUCAAUACACCGAAUCUCCUCCUAAAGCCACCGUACCCGAUCAUAUUAAUGUAACUGCUGCCAAUGGGAAGUUGACAGCUGACCAGCCUCGCUGCCUUACGCCGGCAACGAAACUCUCCGCUGUAACAGCGAUGGAGGGCAGUACCCGAAGUAGUACUGAGUUUUAUUCUCUUAGCAAUAACUCCACGGAGACUCUUGAUUCAGACUAUAAAUUAGCUUCUAUGAACAGGGGCCUUCCAAGGCAUCGAAGACACCAAUCAAACCUUGAGCCAGCCAGGAACGGCCGAUCUAAUGAGUCGCAAACACUUCUCAUGGGUUAUGCCCAGAUCAACGCUUCAUUCACGGUUGAUGGAUCAUUACUGGAUCAAUCAAUCUUCGAAGAAGUGAAGCGUAAGGGCGUUGUUGGUCACCAUGGCAGCAAUGAACGUUCACCAAGGCAGUCGAAGCCUAGAAGCGGGUUCUGGGGAAAUAUAGGGCUCAGCAGUCUGGGGAACUCUCUUGCAAGUUUGACUUCAACAGGAGAACUUGACGGGCUACGGGAAAUGCGAGGCGCCUCUUCAUCCAACUCCAUACCUCUACUAUCAACUCCGCAAUCCCUUCUUUUCGUCGACCUCCGCUUGGCUCCCGGGCAGGAAAAGGCGUUUUCAUUCUCAUUUACUCUACCCCGCGGGCUACCCUCAAGCCACAAGGGCAAGGCUAUAAAGAUUUCAUAUAAUUUGGUUAUUGGAACGCAAAAGGCGGCAGCCAUAAAGGGAAAUCAGCGACUUCACAAGAUCAAUGUGCCAUUCCGUGUUCUCAGUGGCGUGGAUGCGCAAGGAGGUGUUCUCGGACAUGAUCUAAUGCAGCCAUACGUGGUGCUGAGGGAUGAAGCACGAGUGCAAAGUAUUGAUUCAUCAGCCCCGCGGCCACCAGCAAAGGAAAAAAGCAUAAGCGCGAAAGCAUGGACAUCAGCACCCCAGUUUCUAUCUUACGUAGACGAAAUCCUCAAGCAAAAGGACCGUCAGGACUCCUUGGUGUCACCGAUAAGUCCCGGGCCGCCACACCUUCAUCACGAAGCCCCCUUUUCGUGCAAGGACGCCAUUGACUUAGCUAUCCUACGUAGCAACCAGUCAACUGCAUCAGAUCAGAGUGCCAACCGCUUCGAAAUAUCUCGCAGUGGCCGGCGAGUUGCCGUGAUAGUGCUUAAUCGACCAUCGCACCGAAUAGGAGAAACUAUCGUGGCUACUGCCGAUUUUACAAACGCAGCUAUUCACUGCCACUCUCUACGUGGCUCUUUAGAAACCCACGAGACAAUCAAUCCCGAAAUUGCCCUUCGAUCUGCGGCAAGUAUCACUCGUGCCACACGAAAGGUUCACGCCAUGUGUUUCGAAAACACCCUCUUUGCAUCCAGAGUGGCCUUCACGCCCGCCAUCCCGGUCUCCGCCACUCCUACUCUAAUCACGUCUGGUGUGAAUGUUGAAUGGCAGCUUCGGUUUGAGUUCGUAACAAGCAGCUUGCCCGAUUCUACGGAGAAUGCUCAUACGUCAGCAUCUGGGAUUGGUCUGUUAGAACCCGUCGAGCAUGAUGAACGAGGAACUGUGUUUGCCGCUGCAGAACAUAUAUCCUGUGAAUCUUUUGAAGUUAGCAUCCCUAUUACGGUCUAUGGCGGGACGGUGCAAGAGCCUAGCCGAGAGGAGUUGCAGGGAAUACCUAUAUAA